UUUGUGUAGGAGUAUAUGUGGAUUCAGUUUCUUACUAGCUUUAAAAAAUUUGCUAGUAGCGUUUCUAUUUUAAACCCUAAAUUAACAAAACCCUGUAAGGAAGCUUCCUUUCCUUCGAAACACCUCCAACAACUUGAUGAAGCUUACAAUAUUGCUAAACAUUGCUUAAGAUCUGCUUUUGACUCUCUUGGCGACAUUAACUUGUUAGAAGAAACUGUAAACGACAGGGAGUUUAAAUUUUUAUCGGAGAACGCUAUCCACGCCGUUACCUGUUCGAAUGCUUGCCUUUAUUUCAUUGGACUUUUGUUGUACAGAAAUCUUCAUAUAGUGAGGAAGGGAUCUGACUCCUUCAGCGUUACUGAGACACAAAGGCAUAUUAUAAAGUACAGUAAACUUUACUCGGCCGUUCUUAAAAGACAUGUUCUUAAGUUUUAUAAAAAGCAAAUAUGCUCUUACUGUGCAAAUAAUUUUUCAAUAUUUUUUGCCAAAAGUCAACUUCCUUGCUCUUUGGGCACUCAAACCUUGGAAAGAAAAGUUGGUUUCCCAAAUGAGCUCGGAAAGAUACAUAAAGAAGCUCUCCGCUGUUUCUUGAAAGUUUUUUUGGUGGUUGCACGUCUAUCGGAAAUGUUAUCUCAAGCAGAUCUUCUAAGCGUUCUGGAAAACGUGUUAAUUUCAGCUCUGGAGCUCCAAGAAUUUUUUGUUAUUGCUGCUUCUGACGAAUAUGAUAAAAAUUCAACGGGAGACCAAGAUGACCUGGGUGAGCUCUUUAUCCACGUGCUAGACUGGAGCAUCGAAGUUGGCUUGCAGGACAUUGAGGAAGCUUUAAGUUGCCUGUUGUGCCAUCGCUACCGGUGUAGCACGGCACUGCUAGAAAAAGCUGGCAAAGUUUAUUCCGUGCGAGGAUACGACUUUUAUAAAAAGGGCUCGUAUGAGAUUGCCUGCCGAUUGUUCUUGAAGUCUUGUUGCUUGUUCGUGUAUCUGGGUUCACAAGGGACCUAUGCUGGCCCACUGAAGCUCGAAAAGCGCUUUCACACGCUGCUAUGUUCUGCCACUCGAUUAGAGAAACUCGAAAAGUUUGCUUCUGUUAUCGUGUCUGCUAUAAAACUUUCUAAAGAUAUGUUAAGCUCUGUUGUGAAUUUGAUUACGGACGUUUUCGUUCAGAGGCAAUGCAUCAGCGGCACAGGCACUCGUGUUCUCUCGCAGAGCGCGCUGUUUAAGCUAAUCAGCUUUGAAGCAUGUGUAUUGAUAUCGAGAGCAGAGCUAAAUUCUUACGAGUUGCUUAGCGUUAAACACCCGGACAGACGUUUUCACUUUAGGAAGGUCAAGGAAAACAUUAUAAAUAACAUUCUUUCUUUUAGCCGAGAGCAGCUCUCUUUGCAUGCCACUGAUAGCGAUUCGUACGAAAGUGCUAUUUGUGUACAGGCCGAAAUGCUUAUAGAAAAGGCCCAACUGGUCGUUAGCAACCCAGAACUGUCUUCAUGCGACCCGGAGUCCUUCUGCCUUCAAGCAAUUACGUCGCUUCAGGCGCGUUUGAUUGAAUACGUAGGAAAGCCCGCUUUGCACAACUUGCUAGCCGCCGCUUAUUUAUGGAGAGCUGUGUGCCUUAAACGUCACCUUCCAGACGAUGACGCUGGUGAUAAGCAGGCCGGCGUUAAUUUGAAGCUUCAGCUGACCGACUUUUUUGCCUCAUUGAGCGCCUCACUAGAUGUCUGGUGCUCAAUUCUCGGCCACCAACUCAACAUAUUUAAAGACUGUCCUUUUGAGAGUGGUGGCAAAUUUGGGACUUCUCAACACAGUUGGGUGGACUUAGCUUUCGAGUCCGCCUGCGAUAUUUCACUUUCGGCAUUCAGUGGCUCGUUUGUAGAUUACGAAAAGACUUUUAGACGAUUGCAACUUCUUUUAGAAUUGUGUUGUACUACGAAUGAGAGUUUGCAUGAACGCUCUCUUAAAAUUUUGUGCAUAUACUGCAUCCUGGUUAAAAGGCAUUAUGCUGAAAACUGUGAGAACGACACUGAAGCGGGUAAGCGCUGGCUGGAGAGGGAGAGUCUCUACUGCCUUCAACUCUCUCUACUGCACUGCGACACACGGCAGCUCCAUUUUCCCGAGCCAUCAUCGCCCUGCGGGACAAAUACCACAUCUCCUCUCAGCCAACUUGACAGCGUGUUGGCUCUUAAAAAUAAAAUAUUGACUUCCACCGUUAAAUUUUAUUCUUCGGAAGCCUCCUCUGUUUAUGCGGAGGCUGUUCCUUUUGCCAUCUUAGGUAAGCGUGUAAAUGCUGAACUCCUUGCGGCCAAUGGCUGCCCGUCAGAAGCUCUUCAAGAAUUUUCCGGUGCCCUUCGAGUUGUGCACGUCAAGAGUUCUGUGGGAAUAUCCGUUAAUCUGCAAACUCUUCGAGAGCUUACGCUGCUACUAUUGGCUUAUUCCGAACUGCUCAGCAUCCGUGGGCUUGCCUGCGAAGCUUAUUCGUGUUUGACUAAAGCCUACUGCCUUUCGAAGGCUCAUACCAUAAUUACUUCCAUGCUGCCCAUUCUGACUGGUUUGUGCCACUUGGAACACCAUCUCGGGCUAAAAGCCCAGAGAAAGGCUCACCGUUUGGAGGCCUAUCACAUCUAUGAGCAGCAGUUGAAAGCCAACGAGGCAACGCGGAAGCUCUGUGUCGCGUACGCUGGGUCUGAGACACCCAACCUCUUUCUUGUAGACUGGUUUCUUUAUAAGCUACGCGAGUUGGAAGACGACCUCUUCUUUGGCCAAUUGUCCUCCGAUGUGCAUGCGGAUGCUUUGAAGGAUCUGGAAGGGCUGCUCCAGAGUUCCUCUUUCGUUCUCUUUCGGCCUCUUCAAACUCACUUGUCGCUUAUAAAGUUGUUUAUCAAAUCCUCGAGUCAUGAAGAAGUUGUCGCAGACCAGAUAAGCGAUAUAGAAAAAGCUCUGUCCUACGACUUUGCUUUAUCCAUCAUCCCCGUCCCCACCACCUUUCGCCCUCUUUUUUAUGCUCGUAGCUACCUACUUAUUGGCCAGCUAUUGCUCUCCUGUAUUAGAGGACGGGCAUUCUGGAACGGCUUUGGAAAGAUUACUUUUUUAUAUUCCUCAGCGUGUAACUUAUUCAAUCUUUUUAGAACAUUAUGACGACGUUGGUGAGGGCGUGUUGCAGGCGAGACGGUAUUUUCAGAGGUGUAUCGAAGUUAGCCAGACUUAU